GCCUCUCUCAUUCUCUCUCUCGUUGCUCCUGAGAUCGUCUCGUCUCGUGGUGGUGGUGGUGGCCAUUGCCGGAGCUUCCAAGGUGUUUGAUGUCGAUGGCGGAGGUGUGCUGUGAUUCUGCGGUGGUGGUCGGGGCGGAGGCGGAGGCGAGGGCGAGGGCGCGCGCCGGGAGGCGGCGGCGGGCGGGAGUUGAGGGGGCAGGGAGGUGGAACGCCACGGCGACGGCUGCGGGUGUGGCGGCGGAGGAGGCCGCGACGAGGAAGCGGAGGGCGAGUGGUGGUGAGGCCGGGUUGGUGGUGGUGGCGAAGCGGCACGGGGCGGCGUCGGUCGCCGGGAGGAGGAGGGAGAUGGAGGACGCCGUGUCGCUGCGCGAGGCGUUCGCCGCGCCGGCGAACGGGGAGGUUGCGGCGGCGAGGUGUGACUUCUACGGGGUGUUCGACGGGCACGGCUGCUCGCACGUGGCGGACGCGUGCAGGGAGCGGAUGCACGAGCUCGUCGCGGAGGAGAUGGGCGCCGGGUCACCGGCGGCGGCGGCGCGCGAGCCGGCGUCUUGGACGGAGACGAUGGAGCGGAGCUUCGCGAGGAUGGACGCCGAGGUGAUCGCCGGCUGCCGAGCCGAGAGCGGCAGCUGCCGGUGCGAGGGGCAGAAGUGCGACCACGUGGGGUCCACCGCGGUGGUGGCCGUCGUGGAGGAGAGCCGCGUCGUCGUCGCCAACUGCGGCGACUCCCGCGCCGUGCUCUGCCGCGGCGGCGCGCCCGUGCAGCUAUCCUCCGACCACAAGCCCGACCGCCCCGACGAGCUGGAGCGGAUCGAGGCGGCCGGCGGCCGCGUCAUCUUCUGGGAGGGCGCCCGUGUCCUCGGCGUCCUCGCCAUGUCGCGCUCCAUCGGCGACGCCUACCUGAAGCCCUACGUCACCGCCGUGCCGGAGGUGACGGUGACCGGCAGGUCGGACUUCGACGAGUGCCUCAUCCUCGCCAGCGACGGCCUCUGGGACGUCGUCAGCAACGAGGCCGCGUGCGAGGUGGCGCAGUCGUGCCUCCGCCGCGGCAGGCAGCGGUGGUGCGCCGAGGCGGCGGCGGUGCUGACCAAGCUGGCCCUCGCUCGCCGCAGCUCCGACAACAUCUCUGUCGUCGUCGUCGAUCUCCGGCGAGGCAACGCCUUGUAGAGAGAGUGUCACCCAGCUGAUGCUGUAGCAUCAGUACUAGUAUUGCAGAUAUUAGCUAAGCUAAUGGUUCUACUAAUCUUUUUUUUUCAUUUCCCUUGUGUUAAAAAUCAUUUUUUUUCUCUUCUAAUUUUCUCCCUGAAUUAACCAAGUUCAGUGGAGCACAUAGAUCAGGUGAUGGGGUUGUGCAACUGCUAGUUGGUGUAACCAGAAUUUCAUCUGGAUACCAACUGAAAUGAAAUGAAUAUUAAGCAAGAUUAUUUGAGAAGGAAGUUUAAACCA